GAUUUUAUAAUUUUCUCCAAACAGAUUUCGUCUUUAGAAAAUACAUUUUUUUUUAUUUUAUCCUGGUGUAUUAUGUCGUGCCAGUAAUAAUUAACGAGACAAUCGGCUUAGCAGCGUCCAGAAGACCGCAUUAGAAUCAGCUCCUUCAACAACGGAAUGGAGGAUCCAGAAAAGGAGGACCUGCUGGCCUUCGAGCGUCGGCUGGCUGAGGUGGUAAACACCGAGAAACGGAGCUCAUUCCGCUGGCGCCUUGUUCUGGGUGCCAUCUUCGCCUGUUCGGCGAUCAGCGCCUGCCAUUGGGUUCGGUAUGCCAAGGAAAGCGAGUCGGUGGUGUUCCAAAUCCUGUCCAGUCACAGCGCCUUUGCCUUCUCCCUGGCAACCAUCUGCCUGCUAAUCUUGUAUGGAUUCAAUCACGCCGUUAAGCAGGACCCCACCAUUCUGCGUGACACCAGAGAAAUGCUGUCUCCGUUCCGUCUCAACAUUAAUAACCAGGGACGUCUUAUCCUAGUUCCACCGCAGACAGAGUAGAUAUAGAGUGGAUAUGCAUCCCCAACAACACACUGGCGUUGACAUCCCAAUAAACUCUCCUUGAAAAAGACUUGGCUAGGGGCAGAGUUAUUUGUGGAACUUCUUCUUGAAGUGUUCCGAAAGAUGCAAAGUUACAUAAGUCGAACCAGGUCUUGCACACUAGGAGAAGAACUUGCAUAAAUUUUAUAUAGGCAAUUAUAAUUUUCGAAAGGUGACUUCUUGAAACAAAUCGAUGCUUUACAAAAAUGUUACAACAUUUCUGUCAUAAUUUGUAGGUUACGAGAUUUUAAUAAAUGUUAAACAAUAACCCAGCACAAUA